UUUCGAAGAUUCAGAUUGUUCGAACGUGGUGAAAUAUCGAAGCUUAGUUUAGUUUUACUUAUACUGGUACAUAUAAGUUUAAAAAAAUAAUACAUAUGUGUAAUCUUUACUGUACUUGUUGUAUAGUAGUUGUGUAAUUAUUAAUACGUUCAUCUACAUAGCUGGAGCACGUUUGUCAGCCGUUGAUCUAUUGUUGAAGACUUUCUCAGUCAUGUCGGCAUACGAAAAUCCAGUUGCUGAUCACCGCCGCAAGUGGGACAGAGAGGAAUAUGAAAGACUGGCGAAGGAGAGACUCAGCCGUGAAAAUGAAGAACCAGAUAAAGACGUUCCAGUAAGAAGAGAGCUACUAAAGCCACGAGAUUAUAAGGUUGAUCUCGACUCCAAGCUUGGAAAAUCUGUUGUUAUCACAAAAACCACUCCAGCAUCCCAGCAGGGCGGAUACUACUGCAAUGUGUGUGAUUGUGUGGUCAAAGACUCCAUUAAUUUUUUGGAUCACAUCAAUGGCAAAAAGCAUCAGAGAAACCUGGGAAUGUCUAUGAAAAUUGAGAGGUCUUCUCUUGAUCAAGUCAAGCAGCGGUUUGAAAUGAACAAGAAAAAGAAGGAGGAGAAGAAGAAAGAGUAUGAUUUUGAAGAACGAAUGAAAGAAAUCAAAGAAGAGGAAGAGAAGGCUAAGGCUCACAAAAAGGAGAAGAGAAAAGAACGGAAAAGGAAAGCUGAUGAAGAUGAUGAUGCUGAUGGUGAUCCUGAUAUGGCUGCAUUAAUGGGUUUCUCUGGCUUUGGAUCUUCAAAGAAAACAAAGUGAUCUUAGCAUCAUCAUUGAUAUUUUAUUGUUGUGCUGUUAUCACCUUAUCAUGAAAGCUUUGAAAUAUGUGCAUGCCAGAAGCAGUUUUCUGCAAGUUGGCACAGAGUCCGUGUGUGUUGUUUUGGGGUGCAGAUGGUAGAUGGGUGGGCAGGUGUAUCUGUGGAGUGGGCAACAAAAGUAACAAUCCCUUGAUUGAAAUAAAGUCUACUACUAUAACUCUUCAAAGAAGUACUUGUCUAUAGUGUCCAAUUAUAAAUAAUUUUUAGAAGAGGAUGUGCAUGUGCAAAAGCUUUGUAUGUGAAGGGGAUGCAUGUUCAUGUAUCAUGUUUUUAUAAGUGCUUGAUUUUUGCAAUCAUAAGACAUUUUUGCAGUUAUAAGACAUUCAUGAGGAAACUAUUUUGGAAGCUAGAUGUUCACUGAAGAUGUAUGAAGAAUUGUAGACUUGAAAUUGUUCAUGAGACAUGAAAAUUGCUUGAAAGAAUAACACAUUUCAGACUUUUUAAUUUAGCCUUUAGGCAUCGAGAAAAUGCUAAUCAUUCUUUAAUUUAAAAAUUGUUCCACAUUAUACAAAUUGGGAAAGAAACAUUGCCAAAAGUACUGUAAAAAUUAGGCUGGCUAUAAAUUAAAGAAAUUAUAUUUUGACAAAAAAAGUCAUCAUUCUCAAUUUCUCACAUUUUAUUGCAAAAUUUUCUUCAUAUGCAAAGAUUAAGUGAAUUCUUAAAUAUUUCCUCAAACCA